AUGCAAUUACUUGAACAAGCACAAUCAUUAUUAAAUUUUGAUGCUCAAAAAACAUUCGAUGUUAAUGUACUCGAUGCUGUUAUUAACGCCAUGUAUCGAGGACAGGGUGAUGUCCAACGACAAGCAAGUGAAGUAUUAAAUGUUCUACGUGAUCAUCCUGAUGCAUGGACAAAGGUAGAUAGUAUUUUGGAAUUUUCAAAAUGCCAGGAAACAAAAUAUUAUGCAUUACAAAUUCUUGAAAAAACAAUUAAAACACGUUGGAAAGCUUUACCAAAAGAACAAUGUGAAGCAAUCAAACAGUAUAUUGUUAGUUUGAUCAUCUCACAUUCACAAAAUCCUGAAUUAAUGGAACGUGAAAAAGUUUAUUUAAAUAAACUUGAUAUUAUUCUCGUACAAAUAUUAAAACAUGAAUGGCCAAAUAAAUGGCCAAAUUUUGUUAGCGAUAUUGUUGAAGCGAGUAAAACUAGUGAAUCAAUGUGCCAAAAUAAUUUAGAAAUUUUAAAACUUCUCAGUGAAGAAGUAUUUGAUUUUUCAUCAGGUCAAAUGACACAGGCAAAAGCUAAACAUUUAAAAGAUACAAUGUGUAAUGAAUUUACAAAAAUUUUUCAACUCUGCGAAUAUGUUGUGGAUAAAUCUCGUCAUCCACCAUUACUUUUGGUUACAUUGGAAACACUUUUACGUUUUCUCAGUUGGAUUCCACUUGGUUAUAUAUUUGAAACAAAUAUGGUUAAUACACUUAUUGAAACAUUUUUUACUGUACCAAUGUUUCGAAAUGUAACACUUCGUUGUUUAACUGAAAUUGCUAGUAUUCAAGUUUCACAGUAUGAAGAUAAAUUUAUUGAUUUUUUUCGUCGAACAAUGAGUCAACUUAAAACAAUAAUGCCAUUAACAAUUGAUUUAAAAGCUGCAUAUCGUUCAGCAAAAGAUGAUGAUCAAAAAUUCAUACAAAAUUUAGCUUUAUUUUUAUCAAAUUUUUUAAAAGAACAUGGUGUAUUAAUUGAACGUACAGCAGAUUUAAAAGAAACAUUACUUGAAUCAUUACAAUAUCUUGUUUUAAUAUCUGAAGUUGAAGAAAUUGAAAUAUUUAAAAUAUGUUUAGAAUAUUGGAAUAUAUUAAGUGCUGAACUUUAUCGCGAAGUGCCAUAUCAACAGACAACACCAUUAUAUAUUCGAAGUACAAAUAGUACAAAUAAUAUACCAACACGUCGACAGUUUUAUGCUGUUAUUUUAUCAAAAAUUCGACGAAUAAUGAUAUCACGUAUGGCUCGACCUGAAGAAGUACUUGUUGUAGAAAAUGAACGUGGUGAAGUUGUACGAGAAUUUAUGAAAGAUACUGAUGCAAUUAAUCUUUAUAAAAAUAUGCGUGAAACACUAGUAUAUUUAACACAUUUGGAUUAUAUCGACACGGAAUCGAUUAUGACAGAAAAAUUAGCAAAUCAAGUUAAUGGAUCAGAAUGGUCAUGGAAAAAUUUGAAUACUCUUUGCUGGGCCAUUGGUUCAAUAUCAGGUGCAAUGGUUGAAGAUGAUGAAAAGCGUUUUCUUGUUACUGUUAUUAAAGAAUUACUUGGUUUAUGUGAACAAAAACGUGGUAAAGAUAAUAAAGCUAUUAUAGCAUCAAAUAUCAUGUAUGUUGUUGGUCAAUAUCCACGUUUUCUUCGUGCACAUUGGAAAUUUCUUAAAACAGUUGUUAAUAAACUUUUUGAAUUUAUGCACGAAACUCAUGAAGGUGUACAAGAUAUGGCAUGUGAUACAUUUAUAAAAAUAGCCCAAAAAUGUCGCCGUCAUUUUAUAACAAUUCAAUUAGGUGAAUCACAACCAUUUGUUGAUGAAAUUUUAACAAAUAUAAAUGGUAUAAUAUGUCAUUUGGAACCACAUCAAGUUCAUACAUUUUAUGAAGCUGUUGGCAAUAUGAUAGCAGCUAGUAUUGAUGUUGUACAACAAACAAAAUUAAUUGAAAAAUAUAUGCAAUUACCAAAUGAUGUUUGGAAUACAAUUAUAUCUGAAGCUAAAAAAUCUGUUGAUUGUUUACAAGAUCCUGAAGUUGUUAGUAAUAUAUUAAACAUACUUAAAACAAAUAUUCGUGCAUCAAAAGCAUUAGGUGCACCAUAUGUUCAUCAAUUAAUAAAAAUUUAUCAAGAUAUGUUACAUAUAUAUAAAGUAACAUCAGAAAAUAUAAAUCAAGCUAUAAGAAUAAAUGGACCAAUGGUUGUUAAACAACGUUUAAUUAAAUCAAUGAUGGCUAUUAAAGAAGAUACAUUAAUAUUACUUGGUAGUUAUUUUUCAAAAGCAAAUAAUAUACAACAGAUACUUGAUCAAUUUUUAACACCAUUAUUUACAUUUGUAUUAGUUGAUUAUCGUGAUUGUCAUCCUGAAGCACGAGAAUCAGAAGUAUUAAAUAUGCUAGCUACAUUAGUAAAUAAAGUUGAAAAUCGUUUAACAAAUCGUAUAGCAGAUAUAUUUGAUUUAACAUUUGAACAUACACUUCAUAUGAUAGAUAAAAAUUUUGAAGAUUAUCCUGAUCAUAGAAAAAAUUUUUAUAUUUUACUUCAAUCAGUUAUAAAUGUUUGCUUUACAGCAUUAUUAGCAUUGAAUGCAACACAAUUUAAACUUGUUUAUGAUUCAAUUAUGUGGGCAUUAAAACAUACAAUGCGUACAAUAUCAGAAUUAGGUUUAGAAAUUCUUCAAAUAGUGUUAAGAAAAUUUCAAACAUGUGAUCCACAAGCAGCACAAACUUUUUAUCAAGUUUAUUAUCUUGAAACAAUGCAACAUAUUUUUGCUGUUGUUGCUGAAUGUUCACAUACAUCUGGUUUAACAGCGCAUUCACAAAUUUUGGCUAAUCUAUUUUUAAUUGUUGAACAAGGUCUUAUUAAAGUUCCAUUAGCACCUGAAGUACAAGAUCCAUCACAAAAUUUACUUUAUGUUCAACAAUUUAUGGCUAAUUUAUUAAAAACCGCAUUUCCACAUUUACAAGAUAAUCAAGUUAAAGUUAUUAUCGAAGGUUUUGUUACAUUAGAUCAAGAUAUUGCUGGUUUUAAAGAACAUUUACGUGAUUUUCUUGUUCAAAUACGUGAAGCAACUGGAAAUGACACAGCUGAUUUAUAUUUAGAAGAUCGAGAACAAACAUUAAAACGUGCAGCUGAAGAAAAACGUAAAAUACAAAUGAGUGUUCCCGAUCAAAAUGAUGAAUAUACACCAAGGCGAUUAACAUUCGAUGAAAAAUUAGCAGCUCAUCAUAGUAAUCGAUUGAAUCAAACAUUUGGUCAAAUAAAUGUGCCCUAUGAAUAUCAAUCAAAAGUUGAAAAAGAAAUCAAUGAUGAAACUCUCGUUCCAUUACGAUCAAGAGUUCAAAUGUAUGAAAAUAGUUGUCAAGCACUUGAUAUAACAAGUGAUUGGCAAAUACGAGAUCUUCUUCCAUAUGAUAAUAUUGCUAUUAUUGAUCGAUCAUUUUCUUUUAAUGAUUUUCGUGCAUUUGCUACUGCAAUUGAAGCAAAUCUUGAAAGUUUAACAUUAAAUUCAGUGGGUUUAACAUCACGUUCAAUUUGUGUGCUAUGUCAAGCGUUAAACCAAUGUGUUUAUCUUAAUUUAUUGGAUUUAUCAAAUAAUAAAAUUGGUAAAAAAGGUUUUGAAUCAAUAGUUGAUACACUUAACUUUCUUCCAUCAUUACUUUAUUUAUCGUUGGCGAAUUGUGGGCUUGAAGAUUCCUAUGGUGUUCGAAUUGGUGAUUUAUGUCGACAUAAAAAACUUUCGGAAUUAAAUUUAAGUGGGAAUGAUCUUGAAGAAAAUGCAUGCAUCUUUAUUGGCAAUGCUUUAACUGAAAAUACAAGUUUGUCGUAUUUAAAUUUAAGUUGGAAUUUAAUUCGAAGUGUGGCAUCAGUUGCUCUUUUCCGAGGAAUUGAAGUUAAUCAAUCUUUGAUAGAACUUGAUUUAUCAUGGAGUGGUCUUAGCUACGAUGGAAGUGUUGCACUUCGUCGAGUUUUAAUUGUUAAUAAAGUUUUACAACGUUUAAAUAUAAGUAAUUGUAACAUUGAAUGGAUAAGUGCAAAAUUAAUUAGUGAAGGUUUAAUAAAAAAUUCAACACUUCAUAUAUUAAAUCUUGCUUAUAAUCCAAUAACAACACAUGGUGUUCAAUAUAUCAUUCAAGCAAUAAAUGUAAAGACAAGUGCAGUUUCUAUGCUUGAUAUAUCGGGUAUAACUGUUUAUACUUCAACUGUUCAUCUUGCUGACAAAAUUGCACAGCGCAGAGAUUUUAUUUUGAAAUAUGAUUUUGAGAUGCCUGUACACGAUAUACUUGGUAGAGAAACAGUUACAAAAGGUGAUUCAAUGCGUAAAGUUAUUCAAUAUAUCGAUGAAAGACAAUGGCGUGCGUUAGAAUAUUUCCGAAUGUUGGAUAAAACCAAUCAAUUACAAUUGGAAAGGAAAACUGUUACCUUAGAUAUCGUGAAAUCAGGUGUACAACUUCAAAGGGAAGAUAUUCGAAACAUUCAUCAACGUUUUACAAAAGAUGCAGCACAACCAUUAACAUAUAAAAAUUUAAAUAUGAUUUUUAAUCAACAACGAAUGCGUGAUCGAUCAUUGAAAGCUCGUCAAGAAAAACAAGCAAAAGAUAUGAGAAAACAUAAUCGAAAAAUUCUACAAACUGUCAGUCAUCAUUUUCCAGAUAUUGAAAUUAUUACUAGAUAUCAAAAACAUAAAGAAGCUAUUGAACGAUUGGCUAAACCACGUACAUACAGUGCUUGUCCUAAAGUCUGA